CACAGUUCAAACACGGAAGUAAAUAGCUGCGUACCAGAGCUGGGUGCUCGCUGACCCUGGGGAGAAAUAGCUUUAAAAGCAUGAAGUUUACUUGCUGAAAUAAAGAUGCUUUCUGUUAUAUUCAGAAAAAGCAGCUUUGCAGCCCAGAAGGUAUUACACUGGGCAGGUCCUAUGCAAAAAUGCUGGCCAUCAGCCGGGACUGGGGCUUCUGUUUGUGGAUCUGUAUCUUCCAGCUGGGCUUCACCAGCUAGUCUCUGGUUUGCAGGAAGAGGAACAGGACAAGCAAAACCUCUUGCUGUGUUUAGUUUUUAUAAGACUGACCUCUUCCAGAGAAACCAGAAUCAUGAUGCUUCUUUUUGGAUGAGGAGCCAACACUUCCACACUUCUGUUGCGAGGUUGAAAAAGCGAGCACUGCCUGAACCUCCCCCUAGAGAACUCGAUCUGUUGCGCUAUGACAUGAAGGACUUGUUGAAAAGUCCCCGACCUGCCCUCUACCUGGGGUUUGCGGGGCUUAUCCCCUUUGUCUCACCCACCUUGUUUAUGGCUGUGACUGAGAGCUACUACCCAGAGUUGGCUUAUGCCCAGCUAGCCUAUGCUGCCUCCAUCAUUUCUUUUCUUGGUGGAGCAAGAUGGGGAUUCGCUCUUCCUGAGAGCAGCCCAGCAAAACCUGACUGGAUAAACCUGGCCAACAGCGUGGUCCCCUCCCUCCUGGCCUGGGUGGCUAUGCUGAUGAGUGACAGCAUUGUUCCUGCUGCCACCAUGGUCAUCAUGGGACUUGGAAUCUCACUCCAUUAUGAUCUGUCUCUCCUUCCCACUUACCCCAGCUGGUUCAAAGCCCUGCGCACCAUCCUGACCACUGUUGCGUUUUUUUGUCUCUUAGGCACCCUUAUAAUGAACGGUUCAUACCCAGAAAAGAACAUUUUCAGAGAUUGAUGACAUUCGGCUGGACAGGGCAUCCCUGGUUAUGCUAAAUCUUUAUUUGGGUGAUCUGACUUCAAAGUUUUUCUUGAUAUUGAUGAUCUCUGAACCUGUUGGGUUGAUCUGUUUCUAGAAGUUGCAUGUGUUAAAUAUCAUGUCACAAACUGAACUCUGAUGAAGCAAACCAGAGAUAAAAAAAAAAAAAAAUCAAGUCUGUCUGUCCACCUUUUAGUAACAUGUGUUCCACUUUUUCAUGGUAAUGUGGACAAACUUUGUUCCAUACUGUUUUGUCUUCCACAUAAAGCCAUUACAUUAAACUUGAACCUAGUCUUUCAUAUUAUAGAGAAGAAGCAUG